GGCAAAUCGUCGCGUUUGACCGCUGGUUACCUAGCGACCGAACGAAUACGUUUCCGCUUCCGGGUCAGUUAACAGUAAUGGCGGCCACCACAGAAAUAACCGGCAUGAUAAAUAUGUUGAAGUUUAUGAAACUUAUUGGACAACUCAAAAGGGUCCCACGGACCGGCUGGGUGUAUAGGAAUGUGACGAAACCAGAGAGCGUGUCAGACCACAUGUACCGCAUGGCUAUGAUGUCACUGACAAUCACUGAUCCCACAAUGGACAAGGAUAGAUGCAUAAAGCUGGCUCUGGUUCAUGACAUGGCAGAGUGCAUUGUGGGAGAUAUUGCUCCAUCAGACAACAUCAGUAAAGCAGAGAAACAUCAGAGAGAAGAGGAAGCAAUGCAACAUCUAACAGGUCUUCUGCCAGAUGGACUCAAACAGGAGAUUUUUGGACUGUGGGAGGAGUAUGAAACUCAGAGCAGUCCAGAGUCCAGGAUGGUGAAAGAGUUCGACCUUCUGGAAAUGAUCCUUCAGGCUCAUGAGUAUGAAGAGCUGGAGGGAACACCAGGAAGACUGCAGGAGUUUUUUGACUCCACCAAUGGUCGUUUCCAUCACCCACAUGUGCUUGAGCUGGUCAGAACUCUGAAUGAGGAAAGAGGACGGCAUGUGACGAAAACUGAUGAAGUAAAGAAUACUGGGAAGUAACGGAGCAGUAGCUGAAAAGUCACGCACAACUUUACCCACUUCCUCCAUUUAACCUCACCUCCAUAGUGGAGGGUGAGUCAUAUUAUUUUAUUUGUAUGUCGCAAAAUAUUUUGCUGUUGUAUUUAGUUUUAUAGUUUUUGUAAAAAGGUCUUAACUUUUUACUUUCCAAAGAUACAACAUGCACGUUGUUAUGCAUUAGUGAGAAAGACAUGACAAUUCUACUACAUAAAAUCUUUGAAUGUUACUACAGCAAAGGAACAAAACAUUUUGAAUACAUGAAAGACAGUAUGAAGACAUUUUUUAAUGUUAUGUUGAAAAAACAAAGUUAUUUUGACAACAAACAAAUAUUGUGGUCACAAAGACCAUGCUUGAAAACGUAAAGAUGCAUAUUUUUUGUCUUUUGUAACAACAACCGUUUAUAUAGUAAAAACCUAAUGUCAACCAUUGUUAAACUGUUCCGUUCGGCAAAUGGAAGAAAACAACUUCUUGGUUUUAUUGUACAGCUCUGUAUUCAGCUGUUAUUGUACAAUGUUAAUAUAUGUAUAUAUGUUCUCUCACCUAGUUUCGAUCCUGUGACAGAAAACGUUUGGUGAAUGUUUUAUGCCAUCUGUCAUCCUAUAAAGUAGUUUGUCCGAGUACAUUUGGUAUGAUUCACCAUACAAACAAAGGGUCUUUAAAACGUUUCAGCAAGUUAUAUUUGCAGAUUCAUUUAUACAGUAUUUAGGUUUUACUGUUUACACACCAAUAAAGUGGUUUAGUAAAAUUUUGA